UCGAAGUGCACUAGACGGCGAAGUUGAUGCAUUUGGGAUUCGCGAUCUGACUUGUGCAUCAGGAAGAGACCUGAGUGUUUUCAUUUGUUUUAAGCAGAUGUUUAGUUUUUAAAACCCUGUGACAUGUUAUGUGGGAAAAUAUUUAUCAGAAAUGGAUUUGGAAGAAGCUUUUCAACUUGUUGGAGAGUUUGGCGGAUACCAGAAGCGCAUGGUUACAGUGCUGAUAUUGCUGCAGGUCUACAUGGCAUGUCAAUGCAUGUUCAUCGUUCUAGUCGGUGCUGUUCCCGAGUACCAGGUCGAUGCCGUCACACAGAGAGGAGGAGCUUUCACUCAGACUGCGACGUUCAAGGAAGACGACCGCUCCAUCGUGACGGAGUGGUAUUUGGUCAAGGAGGAGGCGUACAAAGUGAGCCUGGCAGGAUCGUUGUUUUUUGUCGGUGUGCUCGUGGGAAACGUGCUGUUCGGACCGCUGUCUGACAAAAUCGGCAGGAGACCCAUCUUCCUCAUCAGUCUAUUCUUUGAAAUGCUCUUUGCAUACGGCAGUGCGCUGGCCCCUAGUUAUGAGCUCUUCGCCCUGUCACGGCUGAUGGUCGGGUUGAUGAACGGAGGGAUGGCCCUCGUCUGCUUCAUCCUCUCACAGGAGUACGUGGGUAAAGCCUACUGGGCUCUAACAGGAACGAUAACCAACAUGACGUUUGCAGUGGGCAUCGCUCUGUUUGCUCUUCUUGGCUACUACAUCAGGUCCUGGAGAAACCUGGCUUUUGCUGCUAACUGCCCCGGUGUGCUGCUCUUUCUCUUUUGCAUCAUGCUACCCGAGUCUCCACGCUGGCUGUACUCUCAGGGUCGGACGGGGGAGACAGAGAAAGUGCUGCAGGAUUUUGCACUGCGUAAUGGAAAGGGAAGUGUUACUCUGAAGCUGCGGAAAACUCCAGGCACACCGGGCACAGAGGCAUCCAAAGCAGGACUGCUGCAGCUGGUCAGGCACCGCGUGCUGCGCUGCAGGACUAUUGUCCUCAUGUACGUUUGGUAUGCAUGCAGUCUGGUGUAUUAUGGACUGACAAUGAAUGCGAGUGACGAUAAAGGCAGUCUCUACCUCACUGUAGCCAUGUACGGCCUAGUGGAGCUGCCAGCAUACCCACUGUGCAUAUACUUCAUUAAUAAGCCUUGGUUUGGGAGGCGAAAAUCUUUAGCAAGUUUUCUUAUCCUUGCUGGUCUGUGCUGCCUUCUCUCUGUGAUUGUCCCUGUUCGGCCUGGUUCGUUUGUCAAUGGCAGCUCUUUGGCUCUUUUGGGGAAGCUGAUGGUCAGUGCUGCAUUUAACAUUGUGUAUGUGUACACAUCAGAACUUUACCCCACUGUCAUCAGGAACGCAGGGUUGGGCGUCUGCUCCAUGUCUUGUAGGGUUGGAGGAAUUUUGGCCCCAUUUAUUCCUAGUAUGAAAGUGCUGCAUGCGUCCAUGCCGUUCAUGGUGUUCUGCCUGACUGGUGUGUCAGCCGGAGCCACAGGACUUCUCCUCCCAGAAACAUUCAACAAGCCAGUGGCCGAGACACUAGAGGAACUCUCUGCCCCUGUUUAUCAGCGGAUCCUAGACACACAGGUUCAUCUGCUGGCGGAUGAGCACUUGUCGAGUCGAAGAGGAUCUGAUAGUGAAUGAUACGCUCACAUUCACGGACAGAAGACUCUUAUUCGUCAAUAUCAUGCCAUAUCGACUUGUUCUGUGCCAAUCUGAUUCACAGAAAGUGUGUGUGCACUUAGCCUUCUGUAAACACUUGAGGUAUUAAAAAAAUUUUUUUUUUUAAUGCAUUUCAGCAGAAGAGCUUUCAUUCCGUUUUACAAUUAUGCCAUUAAUGCUUCUGCUAAUGAAUCAUUUCUGACUGAUACCUGUGCAUUGCAAACAGCGCUAGCUCACUAUUAUCACAUUGUUACCAAUUGACUGUACAUAAUGGAUGUGCUUCAGAAAGCACUACAACAUUAACACUACACACUACCUGUAUCACAGAAUUGUAGAAUAUUUAUAAAUGCCUCUCUUAUCAGUUGUGACAGAUGGAGAGGUAUGUACAUAUAUAUCUGUAUAUGUUGCAUAUAUCUUGGGGUUGUCUCUUAAUUGGGAGGAGAAUAAUUUGAUAAUAAAAAUCAUUGAGAAAUGAA